GUGAAUAAUGUAUGAAAUGAAAAACGCAUCGGCCACAGUAGAUUAGAUUACUUAAUAGACAGAGGCAAAAAGUCCAGAAAAGCCUAGCGCUGCAAGCGAAAACGAGUCCCCACCCCAAGAGAUCACUGUGCAGCAUGAUAUUUUCUCCCCCACGUGUGUCUGCCUGCAAGGAAGUAAAAUAGCUCUGUAGUAGUCGCGUGUCUGUUUGUAGGCUAUGAAGUAAAUCACAAUAUGGUCGUAAAAGCGAACAGCGACGCGUCCUCGAUGAAGAAAAACAAGACAAUGAAAACCAAAGGAGAGUUGAAGUUAAAGGGACCAGCUAAACAGAAGAGGAAGAAGACAGACAAUGAAGAAACGUCAGAGACUGAACCUAAAACACUGAAAAAACAGAAGGUGCAAGCAGAACCAGAGGAACAGGUGGAAAAUCUUGAAGAAGAGCUGACCCCAGAGGAGAAGAGAGUGGCAGAGAGGAAGAUGAAGAAGAUGCUAAAGAAAGAGGAGAAGAUGCGGAAGAGAGAAGAGGGGAUCGGUGAGGACAAGAAGGAGGACCAGAGCAAAGCAGCAGAGAGGGCACUGGAGUAUCUGAACUGCUGGUCUGAGAAAAGAUCUGAGUGGAGGUUUAAGAAGAUCAGACAGACGUGGCUUCUCCAGCACAUGUACGAUCCAGAAAAGAUGUCUGAUGCGUCGUUCUCCAUUAUGCUGUUGUACCUGGAGAAUCUGCGUGGAGUGGCGCGGGACGUCACAGUUCAGAAAGCUGAGGCCAUGAUCAAGGAGGACAAAGGAGACCCGUCACAGACCGCAGACGACCAGAAAAGAAUACAAAGAGCCCUAGAAGUUGUUAGGCUACUCGCUGUGGACUAAUGAGCAAGCGAGCACGCACGCAUGUACACACACACACACACACAGACAGAUACACACCAGGACUUAAAGGUCUCAGACUACGCACACACACACAAAUACUUAGAAAAAAACACGACAAAUACUUCAGACAAUAAAUCAUGUUUUACUAA